AUGGCCCAAUUCAAACCGGGCGAGCGGGUCGAGGUCAGCUCCAACGACCGCGGGUUCCGCGGCUCCUGGUACGCCGGCACCGUCGUCCGCCGCGAGGCGAAGAACACCAAUCGUUACGUAGUCGAGUACGACCAGCUGUACGAGGACGGAUCUGGGGAGAAGCUGCUGCAAGAAACCCUCGAUUGGAUCCAAUUGCGUCCGCCGCCGCCGCCUCCCGAGAAGAAGAAGGUCCAGUUCAAGUUCGGCGACGAAGUGGAGGCCUUCUACAGCGACGGCUGGUGGGAAGGGGCUAUUACUGGGGAGCACUCCGGCGGGAAAUUCGCGGUGUUCCUUCAGAGGCUUUGA